CUUCGCUUUGCCCGCCGCACACUGCUCACGUCGAUGAUCGACACAUUGGCCUGUGCAGUUCGUAGCCCAUCGCUGAGGCGUAGAAAGCACUCGGAGGGCGUAUUUUACCGCUCAGUGGAAGACUUUUGGCCAUGGCCGGUUCAGGGCAGGGCGUUAGCCAUGAGGCUGAGGGGGAGGAGACUUGGACUGGAGACUUUGAUCCGUUCUCUGAUCCCGAAGAGCGACGGGUUCUUUUUGCCGCGUUUGAUUCCUUCCGACAAUACCGGCGAACGGCGCAUCAAAACACUACGCAUCGCCGACGGCAAGCUUUCUAUGCCUUGCCCUCAGCUCACUGGCAAAUGCUCUCCGAGCCACCCUUCUCUAUCUUGGACACCUUCAACAAGGUCGAUGAUGCCAUUGACACCAAUGCCGAAAUCGCGGACGCCAUUCUCGCCGUGGGACUAGAGUCCUUUGGACUCCCCGCCAAUCCAAACAAGGACGACCCCAACCAGAACUGGCACGAGAAAGCCACCGCAUCCGACGUCAACAAGGCGCACUCGACCAUCCGCCAAUUUUACCGUGACUGGAGCGCCGAAGGCCGUGCCGAGCGGGCAGUCUGCUACGACCCCGUUCUCCAGGACCUCCAUGCUGAGUUUCAGACGCGCCGAGACGCGGGAGAGGAGAUUCGCGUGCUAGUUCCCGGCGCUGGACUGGGCCGACUCGUCUUUGAAGUCUGUCUGGCUGGGUAUGCGGCUGAGGGCAACGAGAUCUCGUACCACCAGUUGCUGGCUAGCAGCUGGAUCCUGAACCACACAGCCGGUCCAGCGGCGCACGCGCUGCAUCCUUUUGCAUUGCAUUUCUCCAACCUACACUCCCGAGCGCAGCAGUUACGGCUUGUCAUGAUCCCGGAUGUCCACCCAGGCACAACGAUGCAAGAAGCAGCGCAGGCACAGGUGCCCAUCGGCUCAAUGUCGAUGUCAGCGGCAGACUUUGUGGUGCUGUACAUGGAACCAAGUAACCGCGAGGCCUUUGACGCAGUAGCAACCGUGUUCUUCAUCGACACGGCGCCCAACUUGAUCCGAUACAUCGAGGCGAUUCACCAUUGUCUCAAGCCCGGGGGUCUCUGGAUUAAUGUGGGACCUUUACUGUGGCAUUUCGAAGACGGACAUCCCCGGUCAGAUGGCGGGGAGACGGGUGAGGGCAAGAGUAAAGAUGCAGAUGCCUCGGGCAUUGGGGAGCCGGGCAAUGUGGAGUUGAGUGAGGACGAAGUGCUGUGUUUGGUGGAGCGAUUGGGCUUCCGGAUUGAGGCGCGGCCUGGCGAUCGCAGGCCGUGCGGCUACAUUCAGGAUGGGGAGAGCAUGCUUCAGAACUUGUAUCAGCCAUCGCACUGGGUGGCGCGAAAAGUGGCUCAGCAGUAGUGUUGACAUGGUCGGGAGUUACGAAUUGGGGGUAGGUAACUAUGGGACGAAGGAGUUUGGCUUCCGGGAGCGUUUCUAUCUUUGGGGCUAGAAGAGGCGCAGACAGUCCAGAACACUCGAGAUAGACAUAUUGUCUAGGCAACAUGUUAACCGAUAGGAGAUACUCAAUACUCCAUUCAGUCAAUUAUGGCGAGUCGAGUGUUCGUCUUGACGCCCCCAAACGUGGGCGGCCCCCAGGUUAAUUUUACGAUUUUACGAUGGGGGCCAAAACGGGCAAACAAAGACGGACCAAGUUGGGCCAACGGGAUCAGCAGGGUACCGUGGAUCCAAGACAAAGAGAAGUAAAUAACUCGAGUCUUUACUAUGAUUAGCCAUUCAGAGUGAUAGAAAUGUACUCGGUCAAUAGCC